AGAGAGAGGGCCGGCGGGGGCGGGACAGCACGCGCCUGCGCAAAGGGCCGGCUGGGCUGCGGCGCCUCCGAGCACGGUUUGGCUAAGUUGCUGAGGCUGGUCUCAAACUUGGAAUCCUCCUGCCUCAGCUCCCAAGGUACUACAGACCCGCAAGAUGGAGACAGAAUCGGGAUUGAUGGGAUUCAGCAAUUCUGUGACGAUCUAAGGCUGGACCCCACCAGCAUCAGUGUUCUGGUCAUAGCAUGGAAGUUCAGGGCUGCCACUCAGUGCGAAUUCAGCAGGAAGGAGUUCAUGGACGGCAUGACCGAGCUGGGGUGUGACAGCACCGAGAAGCUCAGAACCCUUCUGCCCAGCCUAGAGCAAGAGCUGCAGGACUCCGUGAAGUUCAAGGAUUUCUACCAGUUUACCUUCACCUUUGCUAAGAACCCUGGGCAAAAGGGCCUAGAUUUAGAAAUGGCUGUUGCAUAUUGGAACUUAGUGUUAUCGGGAAGGUUUAAAUUUUUAGAUCUUUGGAACACAUUUCUGCUGGAACAUCACAAAAGAUCAAUUCCACGGGACACUUGGAACCUUCUGCUAGAUUUUGGAAACAUGAUUGCAGAUGAUAUGUCUAACUACGAUGAAGAAGGAGCAUGGCCUGUCCUCAUCGAUGACUUUGUGGAGUAUGCACGGCCAGUGCUCACGGGUGGAAAACACAGCUGAAGGUGGAGCAGGUCUGGAGCCAGCCCACAUCCUGCAGGGCACACCGGGUGGUGCUCUGUGCUUGGCUGCCAGUCUCAGCCACUGUCCUUGCCAUCCCAAAGCUGGAAUGCAUCCUCCUGCUCAGAGCCACGAUGUCUGGGGCAGGCUCCGUGGGGCUGCUCCCCCAGAGGACAGCUGCCGCAGGGGUCAGCACGCUUGCUGUAGCUGCUGCUUUAGGAGAUUGCUGUCUGAUGCAGGUUCAAGGUGAACACCAGCAGUUACCACUCGCACCCCAUCACAUUGUGAUCACAGUACAGAGCCCUGUCUGUCCUGGGAGGAUGUGGAUAUGUCAAGUCAGACGGCCAGUGCCAGGAUGCAGCUCACCCAGGGACCCAGCGCUGUUCCUCCUUGGCUUGUGCUGUCUCCCUGGUUUGGAUAUUUGUUCUCUCAGGAUGUUUAUCUGAGACCCAUUUUAUAUUUAAGGCCCCGUUGCAGUCUGCAGUGGUGGCGUGUGUUGGCGUGACUGCAGCAAUCAGACUGUUGUCUUUCUGACAAUGCUAUUUCAACUUCCUGAGAAGUUCUGUACUUUUAAUAUUUUUUAUUUAAAAAGGCAUUUUUCCAUUUUUCCUUUUUGAGUGGUGAAUUACAAAUUUAAAACCAAAUGCUCUUGUCCCUUUCACCUGUCUGCAUUCCCACAAUGCCCAGCGUCUGGCCCUCUUACAGCCAUCCUCACGUGGACGCAAAGCCCACUCCUGGACCCUCAUCUCUUUUGCAAGCUACAGCCUGAGUUUACGCCCAGAGCCACUGGUGUGCGAGGUGCAGAGGCCCGGGGGCCACUCUCCUGCUGUUGAGGUUCGAGCAGCACCGUGCUGACCUGAGCACGCACUACAAGACCUUGUCCAGAGUGUGCCUUGCUGCCCUCCUGCAGCAUGCCGUGGAGAGGCGGGCCGGGCUCUCUGGGCCAUCUCCAUGUCCUGUGCACAGGGUGCCCCUGGAACCUGCUCUGUGCUUAGCUUCUGUGUGGACAUGCCACAGCCUUAGGGAGCAGCCCCUCGCAGCCUGAGGACCAUGUGCCCUGCAAUGUGGGCAACUACCAGUGCUGCAGAGUGGAAGCCUUGCAGAGGGCAGCAGGGACGGAGGCCUGAGGGCGAGGCUGGUCUGUUCAGGGCGGGCCAUGUGACCUUUCUCAGGCUCUCUUGCCCUGUCUGAAAGAGGAAACAGCCAUCUCUAAGUCUAACUCAGCAUUUCUUCAAUAAAAUAAACUCUGGCUGUAAUAAAAACCCAAGAAGCAGUACAGCACCCCCCUAGACUGCCUGGACUCUUGUUCUGUUCGGAGAAGUUUGUAGAAUUCAGUGACUAAGUGAGGGAGGCCCGCAGUCCUUCUGUGUGUAAGUUUGAAGUUCUGUGGGACUGUCAAUAGAUACUGAAGUGAAGUUGGUCAGACUUCAAAGACCUGUGUUCUGCUGCUUCCAUUAGUCAACCUUUGAGUCCUGCAUGCUGCAAAGAUGCUAAGAACUUCAAAAUACCGCAAUAAAGUGUUUUCCCUAGGAAAAAAAAAAAAAA